GACCCCGCUUCCACUCCAAACUCCCACUCGUUUUUUUCCUCCAUGCUCCCGGUCCUUCGAGCUCUCCGUAGCCGGCCCGACUCGCUUCUCUUCGAUCGCAUCCGCCUCCACCAUCUCCUCCUCUCAUCUCCAGCCUCCAUGUCGUCGAUCACUUCAUCGAAUGGAACGAUAAACCCUUCCACCACUCGGAUCGGGUGGAUCGGCACCGGCGUCAUGGGCCGCUCAAUGGCCUCACACCUUCUUGCCGCUGGUUAUUCCCUCACCGUCUUCAACCGAACCCCGGAAAAAGCCCAAUCCCUCGUUGAUCAAGGUGCUCGCCUCGCUGAUUCCCCUUUCGCCGUCGCCCGCUCCUCGGACGUUGUCUUCCUAAUUGUCGGUUACCCUUCUGACGUCCGCCGGGCCACCCUCGAUCCCGAAUCAGGUGUGAUUUCUGGACUUUCUUCCGGCUCCUUUCUCGUCGAUAUGACCACCUCCGACCCAACCCUUGCCGCUGAAAUAUACGAAGCCGCUCGUGCUGCCUCCUGCUUCUCUGUCGAUGCUCCCGUCUCCGGCGGCGACAGAGGUGCUCGUAACGGAACUCUUUCCAUCUUCGCUGGAGGCGAAGAGGCCGCUGUCGGCCGCUUGACCCCUCUCUUCCAGUGUAUGGGGACUGUUAGAUACAUGGGUGGGCCUGGGGCGGGGCAGAGGGCCAAGCUCGGAAACCAGAUCGCGAUCGCGUCGACUAUGGUGGGGCUCGUGGAGGGGAUGGUUUAUGCUCACAAGGCUGGGCUUGACGUCGGGAAAUGGAUGGAGGCCAUCUCAACAGGGGCGGCGGGAUCGAAAUCUUUGGAAUUGUACGGGAAGAGGAUUCUUGAGAGGGAUAUGGAGGCGGGGUUCUAUGUUCAUCAUUUUGUGAAGGACCUUGGAAUCUGUUUGAAGGAAUGCCAAAGCAUGGGCCUAGCGUUGCCGGGACUUGCGCUGGCGCAGCAGCUUUAUGUUUCUUUGAUAGCAUACGGGGAGGGCAAUUUAGGGACGCAGGCGUUGAUUCUGGCCAUUGAGCGACUGAACAAUACUUGUUUGAAGAAGAAUUCUGAGUCGAAAUGAUCGAUCUCAGUGUGGGGUUGUCGGUUGGGCCCGAGCUUCCGAACUCUAAUAAGGAUGUCCCAUAUCAUGUGAAUUGUAUUCCUGUUAUGUCGGAUAUUAAGGGCAUUAAAGAUUCUUCUCAUUUAGCAGAUUUGGAUUGUUCUGAUGCUUUAACGCCCUCGCCUAUGGGGCCUAUUGGGAUUGAGCCUCUUGUUGAUGUGCCAAUUGCUAUCAUUUCUACUAAUGCUUUGAAAGCUCAAGUGAUUGCCAGGCCAAGGGAAACUUCUAUGGAGCAAAUUGACUAGCUUGAUGGGUCACAUUCUUCACCUUGUGAGGUUGGUGUGGAGGAUAUAAAUGAGCAGGAUGAUUCAUUCCAUGAUGUGUAUGACUUGAACGUGAGACGUGUUAUGCUUAAUGAUUUUUCACGUGUUGGUAAACAUCGCAAGCGAAAUCUAAAAAAUAGUAAGAUUAGCUUUUUUCUUUUUCUCUAUGUUGGCUGCAUUAGUUGGAUGUUUCUUUGGUAGGUGUUCUUGCUGGGGUGUGGCUCCUUGUGGCUUUUGUUUCUGUGAGUUGUCCUGUGGUGGCUCUUUCAUGUCGGCAUUUUGGAUUGGUGGGCUGCUUGAAAAGCCAACUUUUAGUGCA